ACAGCACGACAAAUGCCACGUUUCCACCUGCUGUCCCGAGGAGCUGAGCGGCCCCACUUCUCCGAGCCAGAGGCCCGUCCCCGGAGCAUCCCUGGUCAGCACGAGCGGACCGCUCUGACCAGGCCCAGCCGGGCUCUGUUGCUACGUUGCUUUAAGGAGGAAAUGUCUGCAAGUCUUAAGGGGGUCGAGACGAAUGUCAGAAUUGGCACCUGGGCUUUUUUCUUCCAAACGUGUGCUGUGUCCACAGACCAGCAGCCAUUGGUCUCUCCGGGGGAGUGUCCGGGACGGGGUCAGAGCAGUGGGAGCCCCGAGUGAGCAGCUCCCUGGCUCUGCAGGAGAAGGGACAGCAGGUGUCUGUUGUCCAGAGGACGCCGCUCUGCACAGAACCCAGGUGCUUGCUGCACACGGGCCCUGCGAACUGGCGGCAGGGGACAGGUGGCCGCCCUGUGGCACGCGGUCACCGGUGGCGGGCUCAGGCGUGCGCGCACUGCCCCUGGGCCCACGCCGCACCCCUGCGGGGCUGGUGAUGGCGGGUGAGCACAGCACACAGGGAACUUGCACACCCGAGCGUGGCCUUGACCUAGGAGCUGUGGCCCUGAGAGAGGGGACUCCCCGGCAGGAGAACGUGCGGAGGGGUCAUCUGGGCCCAGGGCCUGUUGGAGUCGUCGGCACCUCAUCCGACAGUGCAUCCCUCUACUUGGGGUGUGCGCGAAGCACGGUCCCCGGAACACGGGCCUGCCAGCCGCCAGGAUGCCAGCGCUGGGCUAGGACAGCUGCUGUCGACCUCGACCCCCGCGCAGUUGAGGACGUCGUGAGCAACAAACCUGGGAUUCCUCUGAUAACCAGAGUGUCUGAACGUAGCAUACGGGUGCAGAACAGAUACAGGAGGAUCUAUCUGUACGGUGCGUCCGAGAGGCCGCCGCCACCGCCAUGCUGUAGGAGAGGUAAAGGGGACAAGGGGACGUACGCCCGGUUCACCCACAAAGCUUUUAGAACACUUUUAAGCCACGUGACUACAGUCAUCUCAAGGAUUUGGCAAAGAUUUAUUUUUUCUCUAUUUCCAGUCUUUUGA